AUGGAAGUCUUCCACGACGUCGACGCCGCCCGAGGCACUCAAAUCAACAACGCCAUCAUCAAGCUAGAUGGCAUCCGAGCACAACAGACAGUCGAUGGUGCCCUUCAGAAGCUGUGGGAUAAUCCUCGACGCCACCGACGAACGUCUGCGACGUCUAUGGCGAGGAGGCUUGACCAACUAGAAGCCAUCUGGCGAGCACACAUUGACAAGCACCCCGGCUGCAUGAACGGACCUGCCUCUUUAUCUCCCUCACCCACACCGACUUGGCGAGUGAAGGCCGCAAAUCUCUCAAGUCUUUGUUUCGAGACUCUCCGACAUGGCUUCUGCAGUAUGAAAGACGACGGUGCCACCUGGCUUCGAUUAAUUGUCCAGCUCUCGGUCACCAAUGCAGCCGUGCGCGCUGGUAUGGUCUUGUUUGGUGCCGUCGUUCAGUCGGCCUCGGCGUCAUUCUCGUGCAACUCCGCGCACAGCAUUCUCCGCCGACGACAUGCGGCAUUGCUUGCAUUGCAGAAAGAGCUACGUACGACAAAAACGACCAGUGCUGCUCAGGUUUUCAUCGCCAGCGUCCUCCUGGCGGCAAGCGAGGCGUUGUGUGGCGACUUGGCUGGCGGCGCCCUCCACCUGCGUGGUGCUUUUUUAGCCAUCGGUCGCAUCCGUGCUGCCCCCGCAACGAGCUCUCACCAGUCCAGUCCGGCGCCAGUGUCAAGCACAAUGUCCAGCUUCAGCCCCGCUUCAGAAUGCGAGAAUCUACACGCACUUGCAUUGAGUAUGGACAUACAUACAGCCUGGUUUAGAUUGUCUCAGCCACCAGAUCUCGAUCCUACCUUCUGUCCAGGUGCUGUCCAACUCAUGGGGACUUGUAAAACUACAGACAAGAUGGCUAUACUUCAGCUGUUGCACAGCUGCUACCACUUCGCCUACCGUGUAUCGCCCUUCAAAUACAUGAGUGCAGCUUACGCACCGGCGGCCCUUGUCGAAGAGCAAUGCCGAUACCUAGCGGCUCUCAGAUCUGCGCUGGCCUCUUUACGAUCCAGUGAUCUCAUGCACACAAAACGUGCCGGCGAUAUCCAGAAGAAUCUUGUGCUCCGAGCACAGUGUCUCAGCACAUUCAUCUACCUUUCAACCAUCCUUGUUCCGUACGAAGUGGCCUAUGAUGUUUAUAAUACCGAAUUCGCCGACAUAGUCCAGGCAUGCGAGCUACUGACCCGACACCCGGUCAAUGAAGUGUCCGUCAGACCUGCAUUCCAGUACAGCCUAGAGCCGGGCAUCUUUCAACCAUGCUAUCUGACGGCAAUGAAGUGUCGCAGCCUACCAAUCAGACAGAGGGCCAUUACACUUCUCUCACAGCUAGGCUGCGAGGGACCUUGGAAGAGCCCGCAAUCGACUGCUGUUGCCCGACGAGCAUUGCAGCUAGAGCAGAUCGUGGUCGACGGCUUUGUUCCAGAACGGGCCAGAAUUCACGGGUGCUCAACGUUUACCUUGCAACUGAGUGACGGGACAGCAUCGAGGUCCUUCCGAGCAGAGUUCGCUUUCUGCAAUGAUGUCGAUCGAAUGGUAGCGGACGGCGAUCCUGACGACCCAAGAUAUUGGACUAUGAUCAGCGAGGAUUUCGACAUCGUACCCUAG